CGCGUCUGAGCCGAACACAGCGUCUAAACCCUACGCCUUCCUUGGUCGACUCAGCAGACGGCAAAAAAAUAAAAUAAAAAUGGCGCACGCUCGCCGCCACGUCGCGCUCCUCGUCCAUGCCCGGCGAUGCUUCUCCGCCUCUGCUGUGCCCCGUCCCGCCUGCGUCCACGAGGUCCGCCGCCUCGCUCUCCUCCGCCGCUUCUCCGACAUCGAGUCCCUCCUCGAACCUCUCAAGGACAGCAAGGACGCUUCCUCGGAGCCCUUUCUCGCUUCCGUCGCCGCCGCCUACGCAUCUGCCGGAAUGGUCGAACACGCCUUCCGCACCCUCGAGGAUCUCCCUCGCCUGGGCUCUCCCCGCACCGCCCUCUCCCUUAACGCCCUCCUUUCUGCCCUCAACCACUCACCCCGCCGUCUUGGACACCACCGCUUAGUGCCCGAGCUGUUCUCCGACGUCCCCCGAAAAUUCUCCAUCGUCCCCGAUGCGGUCUCGUACGGCAUCCUCGUCAAGUACCACUGCCUUGCCGGAGAGUCCAAGAAGGCCUUCCCGAUCAUCAAGGAGAUGGAGGAAAAGAAGAUCGAGGUCACUUCCGUGAUCUAUACCACCAUCCUUGAUUCUCUAUACAAGGACAGCAAACCGCAGGAGGCCGAGACGCUUUGGAAGGAAAUGGGCAUUAAAGGGGUAAAGCCCGAUCUCCCCGCUUACAAUGUGCGGGUUAUGCACAAAGCUCUUGUUGGGAAGCCAGAUGAGGUCCUUGAUCUUAUUGCUGAGAUGGAGGCCGCAGGAUUGGAGCCAGAUAUCAUCUCCUAUAACUAUUUGAUCGCUUGUUAUUGUAAACAUCGCAAGACUAAGGAUGCAAAGAAGGUCUACCACGGAUUAGAGGAGAAGGGAUGUGUGCCGAAUUCUGUGACCUUUAUGAAUCUUCUUUCAGCUUUGAGUAAAAAUCGGGAUUUUGUGGGGUGUAUGAAGGUGUUGGCAGAUUGCAUUAAACAUAGCAACAUACCUGAUUUGGGUUCCAUUAAGCUGCUGGUGAAGGAGUUGGUGAAAGCUUCUAGGCCGAGAGAUGCAAGGAGGGUGAUUACUAGAUUGGAAAAGAAAUUCCCAGAAGAUUUUGUUGGAGAUUGGAAGAAACUGGAGAAGUUGGUUAGUCGUAGUAAGGAUGUAAAGAAAUCUGAUCAAAAAAUAGAUGCUCCACAUAUGAAAGAUCAAAAUGGUAGUGAAAUACAAUCAAAAUCAUGGUGAUGUUGGUUUUUGUUAGGUAGCUUAUCAUCAAGUGGAAGGAAAAUGUCUGAACUCCAUUCCCUUAUUAUUUCGUGAUGCAAAUAAGUAUGGGGUUUAUUUUGGGGCUUCAAAGUUCUGAGAUUAGAAUUCUAAAUUAGAACGAAAACUAUAGAGUUUAUGAUUUGAUGGUGCAAAUACUGCUCAUCUAAUAGUCAAUAUGAAGACAUUUUGAUGCUCAACAAUGUGGAAGAGUUGAUGUAAAUUCAAAAUAGCUGCACCUUUACCAACAUGACUCCGAAGAUGGUUCGUUUGGAUCCUACCUUAUCAUAUUUGGUUGUGCACUAUCU